AUGGCGAUCUCUGUUGUUGGCUGUUUCCUAGCGGUUCUACUCGUUGCCAUAGGUGGUACGAGAGGCCUGUCCUGCUAUACCUGCACAUAUUUACAGAGUGAGAGUGGUUUCUACGCCUGUGUUCAGGACCCCAGCUCGCACAGUACAGAAACAUGCGAGUUUUACGAGGAUACCUGUCAGACCACCCUGUUGGACCUACCUACGGACUACAUCUCGAGAGGAUGUGCGAUCGCUUCCACGUGUGCUAGUGCUCAGGCAGUCGCAAGCGGUGCCCAGUGCUGCAGGACGGAUCUCUGUAACGAUGAGAUCUACGCUCUGUCAGCUACCACCGUUCGUCCCACCACUAUGGAGACAACCACGGUUGUAGCACCAACUACACCGACCGCCCUUGAUGACACAGCGUCACCAACCACCUUACGAACCACACAACCCACGACCACCUUACCAACAACAAACAACUUACCAACCACAACCACCUUACCAACUACGAGCGUUUUACAAACAACAACCAUCGUACCAUCAACGAAGCCCACAACCAGCUUACGGCGCACUACAACCACCUUACCAACUACAACCACCUUACCAACUACAACCACCUUACCAACUACAACAACCUUACCAACUACAACAACCUUACCAACUACGAGCGUUUUACAAACAACAACCAUCGUACCAACAACGAAGCCCACAACCAGCUUACGGCGCACUACAACCACCUUACCAACUACAACAACCUUACUAACUACACCAACUACAACCCCGUUACCAACUACACCAACUACAGACACCUUACACACUACAACCACCUUACACACUAUGACCACCUUGCACACUACAACCACAUUACCAAAUGCACCCACCUUAAAAACUGCAUCAACUACGCCAACUACAACCACACCAGCAACAACCACCGUAGCAACUACAUCAACUACGCCCACCUUACAAAUUACAUCAAUUACAACCACCAAGGUUACCACUCUAACCACAACUCCUAGAGCAACAACUCAGCAAUCGCCCACCAUGGUAACCGCCGAAAUGACGACAGAUCCCGAUGUUUCGACGGAGACGGCCGACAGCGAAGUCGGAACUGCUCGGGCUUCGUCAACAAAUACUUCUGUCAAGACUACACCAGUUGCUAGCAUGGGGUUGACAGAGAACUUCAUCUGGGGCAUGAGGAUAGAGUUUUUCAUUUGGAACGUCGUCUUGAGUAUUGCCGUUGUCUUCUCGGUGGCUGUCGCGAUUUACCUCUGUAUAAGACAAAAGCGCAAGAAACAGCAUGAUGAGGAGGAAAGAGGGAAUCCAGGGGAAGAAGAAGUGGACGGCACAUCAGGUGAACAGAGACCUUCUCAGAAUAGCGCCACCGAGCGGCACAGGCGGGAUAUGCCGCCUGUACAGGCGUGGGGAGACGAACAAUUAUUACAGACAGUUUAAUCGACUAUCUAUCUAUUUGUCCGUCCGUCCAUCCAUCCAUCCAUCCAUCCAUUUUAUCAUCAAGAGAAAUAUUCAUGAUACGUUAGUCAUAAAUGUUAGCAUCAUGUAGUUGCUCCCAGUGCAAGCACAUUGCUACUUUGACCUGUUUACUUGAAAGUGUUGUGUUUUGAACUGAUA